GGGGUUUAUCACUCAUGUAAUAGUUGGGACAGCUGCAAAUGUAAUGUCCAUGCAAUGGUAUGUAAUCUCAGUACAAUACCAUGAAAUAUUCGUGUAAUAUCAUGCAAUAGUAGUGUAACGCCGUGUAAUACUGUGCGAUAGUUAUGUAAUACCCUGUAAUAGUCAUGCAAUAUCAUGCAAAUACCAUGUAAUAGUCGUGUAAUAUUAUGUAAUGGUGGUUGCAAUAGUCAUGAAAUACCAUGAAAUACCUGUGUAAUACAGCAUGUAAUAGUCAUGUAAUACCUGCGCGCGCAGUACCAAGCGCAUGCGCUUUACAGUGUUUACCGGAUUCGUGACAUAACCUUGAAAUUCGUAUUGGCAACUGUUUGUAUAACCUAUGGACCGUUAUUUCUCGACUUGAUUGUGUGAGUCUGCCGGCUACAACACGUGAAUGACGGAAAGCUUGGAGUUAGGCAUGGAGGAAUCAGCGAGCAAGGCAGAAAAGGAGAGUAUGGCGAAGACCAUCGCUGGAAAUGUUAAAGAACAAAAGUUUUGGGUCGUAAUUAGGAAGGAACUUGGAGUUGAUCCACCGUUGUACCUGAAGCAUCUCCUCACCUGUCUGGGUUUCGAUUCAGCGGCCGCUCUGAAAAACCUUUCAAGCGAAGCCUUUCUAGAAAUGGAGAAAUUUGCCCAAACUGACAUGCUGGGAUUGUUAGGCGAAGAUGGUUACACAAAAUCAGACUUCUUCGGUAUCUACAGUAAUACACCUGAACAAUUCCGCAUACUACGAGGACAUAGGUUUUGCCUCUUCGAAAUUCAGAAGUAUAUUAUAGAAAAGGGGUUGAACCAUUUUGCUACGGCCGAACAGGAUAUUAAUGAAAAAUUAACUAACAUCAAAGCAAAAAAAGAAACCAAGGAAACGCUAAAAGCUGUAUCGGGAAAAAAAUCAGAUCCACAGUCACGAAAAUCACAGGACUUAUUGAGUGAAGAAGAUCAAUUAUACAUGCUCAUUAAAAAUUGGUUUUCUAAGCAACCAGAUGGUGAAGAAACCUUCAAAGAUUAUUUAGAAAGCCCUAAAAAUCGGUAUAUAGAGGUAUCUGUCAAAGAAGACGUUGACGAAGAAAUUACCUAUUCGGGGAAAAUAUCGUGUUGCCUGUGUAAAACUAAAAUUACCGCGCAUAAAGCCGAAUACGGGAAAUCAGUACCGAGGAAAACUCGUUGGGUAUGUCAAAAUUUUAUGAAGCACGUAAAGGAAAAACAUUUGACUUUGAACCCUGUGGAAAAUUCGAAGGAAAAUUUAUUUCCUCGCAAGCAUAACAAUAGCAAUAAAAUUGAUACAAAAUCGGGUCAGGCGGAAAAAAAUACAGCAAAUGUUCUCAAAAACGUCGUCGCUAACACUACAGCUUUUACUUCUAGUUGUAAAAAGGUUCAACCCGAGGUUCAACCACUUAUUACGGAUGUAUUCGAUAAAGGCACCAAUGACAAUGAUAACUGGAAUACAAAUGCUAGUUUGAGCGACAGUAUCGCAAACAAGAACCAGAAGCUCGGCCAAAAUUUACCAAGAAUUAUCGAAGACGUGAAAUUAGUCACACCCGUUGAAAUAAGAAGGGAUAUUAUUAAAAUUGAAAAAAGCAGGGGAAAAAGGCAUAUUACUAGAGAAAUUGAGAGUGAUGACGAAACGGAAGCGAAACCUACUAAACGGUCGAAAAAUCGAAUUGAAAGCGAUGAAGAACUCGAAGUAUCUGCACGUGACAAGCCAAAUGAUGAAUCGGAUGUUAGAUCACAAGCUGUGAUAGUUGAAAGUACAAAUGAUGAGUUACAGGGGGAAUUCAACCUCGGAAUAAUGUAAAAGGGGUUCUUUGUUCCGAGAAAAUUCUAUCAACCCCAUUGACUAGUAAUACCAAAAAUACUAAGACUAUAGAUACAAAAAGUUCCGACUGUGAAAAAAAAAUUAAAAAAGAUCUAAGAACUAGAAGUGACAAAUCCUACCGACAAAGAGUGAAGAGUAUUACUACAGAGAGAACGAUUCCAUAUUAUUUUCCAACAUUGAACGAAAUGGAAUUGCUGUUGAAAUAUAAUGCAGAAUUAAAGGAUUGCGUGAAAAAUUUAUUAGCACAAUCGGCAUCGAAAAAAUUAACGAAGUCUUGUCCAACAGUCAAUGAAAACAGUAAAAGUAACUUGUUAGUACGAAAAUUGAUGAGAAUUUCUGACAAACAAAGUCAGGCCGAAUCUUGCGGGAACAGAUACGAUUGCACAGUGAAAAAGUUUGCAUCGUAUAUUUUCAUGAUUGGUGGAAGAUUGUCGUACGAAACGUUAUGCGCGAACUUGCCUCUACCAUCCCCCUCAUCUGUCAGUCGGUAUUUGUUAGAAAACGGACCAGACAUCAUUGAAGGGCAGCUUCGAUUGCAGGAAUUGAAAAAUUACUUAAUCAAGGCCGACCUGCCUCUAGUCAUAUGGGUAAGCGAAGAUGCGACGCGUAUUACUGGCACCGUGCAAUAUGACCCAAAAACUAACCAAUUAAUUGGGUUGGUAUUACCAACAGAUAAAAAUGGAAUGCCUAAGUGCAAAUCUUUCAUGGCAACGUCACCAAAAGUAAUGGAAGAAACGAUGCAAAAUAUUCCAAUUGCUUCUUUGGCGUACACAAUUAUGGCACAGCCUUUACAAAAAAAUGCGGCGUCAUUUUGUCUGUGCAUAUUUGGAACCGACAAUAAAUUCACAGCCGAACACGUGCUUAACAGAUUCCAAUUUAUUUACGAACAAUGUCAGCAAUUCGGAAUAAGAGUAUUAGGAUUUUCUUCGGAUGGUGAUCCAAGAUUGUUAAAAGCGAUGAGGAUUGAAAGCCAAAUAGGUAUUUCGAAUCUUGAUUUACUCUUUGGUAAAGAAAAUUGGACAUGGUUCAACAGUGAAUUUUGCAGUGAGUACUUUGUUUGCCAGGAUACUGUACACAUUGGUACAAAGCUAAGAAAUCGCUUCAUCAAAAACUCAAUUGUUCUGCCGAUGGGAAACAAUAUAGCGACUGUUAGUCACCUGAAACUAUUGAUACAGUCACAAUCUAAAGACAAACACCAGAUAACUUAUUCUGACUUGGACCCAAAGGAUAAAAUGAAUUU